AUGGCAUCCUCUCCCAAAGCCAACCCCCCAGAAGAAGACCCCGGCCUAUCUACACCAACCAAACGCAUUCGCUCUGCGAACAACACACCACGUCGAACGCUCGCUGGCAAUGCUACAACAACACCCACCCCAAAAGCCUCCGCGCAAAACAAAACUCGCGCGCCUACCUCUGCACCUGCGCGCGCCCGAGCAGGCAUCAAGAAAGCCGAACCUACACUCCUUGGCGAUUUCCUGCUCGGCAGACCAAGUCCCUCGCGCAAGAGGAGACAGAGCCUCGAUGCCGUCAAGGCGGAGAUGCGCGUCGAGAAUAUGGAUACUGUGCAAGCCCCUGGGGGAGUCAAGGACCGAGUUAAGCAAUGGCAGAAAGCGAACGCUGCUGAAAUAGUCAUUGACCCGCUCGCUGCAGCCUCGUCGGAAGCUGGUAAUAAUGAUGUCUGGGAGAACGACGAUGGGAGUGAUGAGGAGGAGAGGGUGCGCCUUCAGUUGCGUGAGAGGAAGAGAUCUACGGGGAGGAGGAGGAGUAAGGAAGGACCAGAGGGGGGAGUGAAGAAGGUUAGUGUUGCGGCGCCGAAGAAGAGGGUUAUUAGCGAUUCGCAUUGGAUGAAAGAGAAGAGAAGAUCGCCGCCUGGCAAAGGCGCUCCUAUACCGAAGAACUUUUUGCAAGCUACAGCGGUGAAUCCACCGUUAAGUACCAAGAUUCAGGAUUGGGUCAAGAGGACCGAGAGCGAUGAGCCCGAGCCCGAGAAGCCGAGAGACAAGCCUAGGAGUCGAAGGGUCUCGAGGCAAGAUGUUUCGGAUGAUGGUGGAAGGCUGAAGCCUUCUAGAACUGCAACUCCUGAUGGUGGCGUUCACGCGCGACAUUCUCCGGCAAAUUCAUUCGAUGAUGGGAUCAGAGUGAGACCAUUAAAGCACGAUGAUCAAAGUUUGGCGCCUUCCAGUGGUGAUGGUAAUGACGAUGGAAUUCGAAUACGCCCAUCAAAACGUCGGCCCAAGGAUGCAGAUCCUUCGAGAGAUAGUCCUCAAGAUGAUGGAAUUCGAAUUACUCCUUCGAAAAGCACUAGAGACGACGGGCGAAGAGAAAAGUCAAAAUCCUCCGAGAGAAUUUAUCUAGAUGAUGGAAUCCGAAUAAAGCCAUCUAGAGAAAAUUCCGUUGACGAUAGCAUCAGGAUAAAGCCUAUACGACGGUCUGGCAAGAAUGCCCCUCCAGAUGACGAAUCUAGUGACAUCCAGACUCCGACCAGGAAGAAGAGCCAAAAAAAUCUCAGGGUACCCUCAGAGUCAAAAGGGAGGCGUGUACCAAGCUCUCGCGCUACCAGCGACCAUGGUGAAGACGACAGGUCCUCAUGGGUGACCCCAAGUCCAGCCGAGAAUUCUAAAAGACGACAACGAAAAUCAUCUCGGACCCCCCCUGAGUCCUUGGAUGAAGUUCCCUUUGGUGAUUCUGCCUUUAGCGUUCUCGAACUCCCACUGGGUGCUGAAGCUGGGACUAUGAAGCGCCCUCCUCCGAAACGAACUUCCAGUUUUGCUGUACCAAAAGCCCUGAAGAAAGUGUUUAAUGAAGGCAUGAAUAUUGCUCGUGAUACUGUAGAGCCGCCUAGAGGUGGAACGAAUCAGCCACCCAGUAUUGAGUCCUGGCUCAAGGGCACCCAAGAUCCAUUUGUCGACCGUUCAGGGGAAACAAAACUAGAUAUACCUGCACCUUCCCCGACUCGGAACCCAAGUUUCAAAGAAGAUGAUCAGUCCGAAAAAGAUCUCACAGCUCAGCGUGAUGCCGAACGAAGCGAGAGUAAACGAAAACGUCGAGUUCGUAGUGUUCCAGAGCGAGAAGAAACAAUCCUCGAAGAGGAAAAACCUCCCCUCGAGAACCGCAAAACCCGCGACAAUCUUCCGAGUAUGGAGAACUCGCCGCCAAUAUCUCCUAUUGGUUUGAAGAGAACUCCGGCGACUCGAAAUGUGACUUCACCUAAAACUGGGAGAAAAAUACCCUUUAUCGAGGCUUUCAGAGGCGAAUCAUCAACACGCCCAAAAAGUGUGUCCAAUCCGUUUGUUGAUAUAAUUGGCCUCCGUGAGAGAGAUAUAAAUUCUGCUACUUCAAGUCCACCAGACUUCAAAUCAAAUCGAGAACCUAGUCUCGUGUCUGAGGACACUCCUCGAAAAAGUAGCCCACGGCAUGAGCAACCGCCUUUGGAGGAGACAAAGCGAGAAAAGCCAUUACCACAGAUUAGUAGAAGGACCCCGCCAAACUUUGGGGGGCACAGGCUGUCAACCAUUGCAUCUGUAGAGACAUUCAGCACAUCUUCAUCGGCGACAGGGACUGGUUCAGAGCUCUCCCAGACUACGGUUACGCAGGCGACCGUUCUCACGGCUCCCACAUCGUCAAGCCUGUCACGCAACAGCCACAAGAGCAAAAGUUCAGGACUAAAGAGAAGACUUACGAAACAUUCGGAUUUAGUUUCUGUGUUGUCACUACCCGAUGUUGUUGGGCCCGAGAGCACAACAAGUAUCAAAUCUGCUCGCAGCAUCAGGACAACAAGGACGAAGAUUGAGACAGCCACUGUUUAUGAUUUGAUGCGAGAGUUGGCGGAAGAUGAGGCCAAGUACAUAAGAGAGUUGAAUACGCUGGUCGAUGGGGUUAUCCCCGUUCUACUCACUUGUGUCCUGUCGAAGUCCGACUCCGCCAUUGCUUCAGGACUUUUUGAUCCGCAUAGCGAUGGGUCAACGACAGAUCCAUCUUUCACGAAACCUAUUAUCGACAUGGGAGUUGCUCUCGAAAAGCUAAAGAAGCUUCACAAACGCACUCCACUUGUUGACCCAGUCGCUUUCCUUAACUGGGCCCUCUCAGCGCACCAGACUUACUCGGAAUAUCUUGGAGCUUGGAGGGCUGGCUUCAACGAUGUUGUUGUCAACCUUGCACCGGCUUCCCCGUCUCAAUCUGGUGAUGAACAAACAGAUAUGGAGGCUCUACCACGUGAUAAGAACGGAGAUGUCUUGGGUGCAAAUGGACAGCGUGCGGAUGUGUCUUACUUUCUUAAAAGACCCUUGGUGAGAGUCAAGUACUUGGAGAAGGUUAUCAAGGGUCUCGAUGCAUUGACGCCGACUGAGAAGAGUCAAAAUGCCAAGGAGAGAUUCCAUGAUCUCCUGCAAGCCUCUCGGCGUCGACACAAGGAAGAAAAUGCUCGGCUCGAGGACAAUCGGGCUAAUAACACAGAUACGACGAAAGCUCGGGAUCUGAAAACAUUGGCUUUGGCUGAAAAGACAACUAUAGAUCGCACCCGCCAAGUUCAAGCUCGUGAUUUGUUUCUCCUUGAUCUUCCUCACACCAGCGGUAACCGGAUUACCAGUCAUGUCGAGGUGUUCUUUCGCGACAAAUCUGGCGGUGAUUCAGGUGAUGUUUUGGUCUGCGAAACUCACAAUUCGAAGCCUUUUCUCUUAUUUCCUCCUAUUACCAAAGAAAAUAUAUCGGCAAGAAGCGGUGACAAACCCGGCCAAUUGGUGGUCUUGAUAAGAGGACAAGGCAAGGAUGAAUGGAGUGAAGUAUUGACUCUUGACGCCGAAGAGCCGGAAGCCGCGCCGGAGUGGAUCGAAAUGUUGGGUACAGAGCCAGUACCUCCAAUAAUGAGAAGUGAUGCUGAAAUCACUGAUCACGUCACCUCGGUCGUCUCUCUUGUGCCUAGCAAGGGUGGAUUCCUUAUGUCUGGAGCUUUGGAUACGGACAAUCUUCAAAUCCCAAUUGGAGAAAAGGUGCGACGAGAUGCCGAAGAGAGUGUCACACCCAGGGAAGGUCGUCGUCGGGUGUCUAGGAGAACGCCGCCAGUUGACGUUCCCGAACCUAUUGUCGAGGAAUCAAUUGUUGACGAAAAAUUAAAGGAUCUCAAUGAUGCUAUGAGCAAAGCUGGGUCUUUGGGAACUCCAAAGCGAGCCAGAGCAGCCAGAUAUCAUGGCAAACCAAGUAGCCCUCGCCCAACAACGCCUCAAAGGCCAAGCACACCUGAUUCCCAAACGACUCCAACGCCAUCCGAUCCCCAAAGACCUACCAGCAGUUCAGGUGCCACAUUUAAUUUGCCCUAUAUCCCAAAGAGACGAAGUUCCAGCACUCCGACCACACCCGAGGGGCCAAGUACGCCAUUGAAGGAAUCUACGAGCCCAGAGCUAGAUUCUGUGAAGCAGAGAAGUCAAUCGGCUUUAUCAACUCGUGAUGAUGGCGCUCCCCCUCCUCCUGCUCAUAAGCGGCCUCUAAGUCCAAGCACCCUCAAGAAUGUUCCUAUCCUAGAUGCCCCUACUCCAAAGUCAUUGAACCGACGAUCUUCGUCGCCACUAAAGCAUGAAUAUCAACCUUCUGUUGAAUCCGGAGCGUCCGACUCCGACUCCUCAUCCGUGGAGUCAGAUAGCGACAGCGAUUCGUAUGUGUCUUCUGAAGAUGACGAGCUUGAAAUACAAGAUGUUCCUACUACUACUCCCAUAUAUCCCCAGCGGUUGUCGCCUAAAGGCUCAAUCUACAGUCUCCAAAAUAGCACUAUUGCUCCUUCGCAAUCUGCUUCACAGGCCCCUUACCAAGGCCCCAUUAUUACAUCUUCCGCCGAUGAUGUAGAGAAGUUCACUGUUGUCGGUUGCUCCUACUGGAACGAUAAAGGUUCUUGGGUUGACUUGUACGCGGAACCUUGCUCCCUGCAUAUUGGGCCAGGAUGGCUCAAGGCUUUUGAAUUAGCUACCACCGAAUCAUCCUCGAAAUCAGAAAAACCUCUGAUCGUGCAAGUUCUAACGCCCAUUGUUACUCUAACUGGCCACACGCUUGACAUUCAAGUUCGCUCACCGUUGACAGCCGAUUCCAAGCUGCAUUGCAAGAGCGCACACAUCAGAUAUCGAAUGCUCACCCCCACAGAUACCAGUCGCAUCUAUACUGCGCUCAAGGAAUCGAGGAUGAAUAAUAUGUUUUACAAUGCCAUGCAAGAAGAGCGACGAGUCAGUGGUUUCGGUUCAAACGCCUACGAAGCAGCAAUAAAAGGAAAGGGACGCAACUUCCUUGGACUCCGUAGAAAACAAAGCUACCGUGCUACAGCGCGAGCCCCCUCCGAGAUGGCAUCCGAGAGCGCCCGAUCCUCAGCAUCUGCCAUGUCAGCUCUACGAAAUCGUCUAAGCGGCAGCUCCAUCUUCAACAUCAAGAAGUCCUCUGUAGACAUCACCGGCAGUGGCAGUGGUAGUCGCAGCGGCGAGAACUCGGGCUCAGCAUCCACAUACUCGUCCGCAUCUGGCGUGACGCCUCCCCGCACGCCAACCUCAUUCUUCUCGUCGAGCAACCAGGCAAACAUCGACCUCGGCAGCGAAGAUAUAAAGAUCCGUCUGUACGAGCGCGUACGCCACGACUGGGACGACAAGAAAUACGCCUACCUAACCGUCACACCGCCCGAAGGCCGGCGCCAACACUCGACGCUCCACAACGGUCUGGAAAAACGCAUCCUCGUUACGCUGCGUCCACAUGCCCACAAAGACGGGCCGGGAAAGGCUAUCAUCGACGAGGUGCUGGGAUCGAGAUGCUUCCAGCAGAUGGGUAUCAAGGGCGUCAUGUGUACCAUCUGGCAGGAUAUCAGGGGCCCGAAUGGCGAGCUGGGCAUGAUUGGUGCGACGGGGGGUGUGAGUGGCAGGACGCAGAAAUGGCUGUUUCAGGCCAAGAUGGGGGCGCAUGCUAGUCAGAUCUUGGGGCUUGUGCAGAGUGGUGGGGGAUGA